CGAAGAAGAAGCAGUGAUGGCGCCGAGCGGGAUGUAAACAAAAAGGAGGUAAACAGUCCGGUUGAAACGGGACAGAGUCUCCGGUUGAAGGUCUGGAGAGAAGAUGACCCACUGCGGAGGAAAACCCGGAUUACCUGCGGAGCCAGACACGGACUAAAGGAUCCAGAUUCACCUGCGUCCUAUCUGAUCCGGUCUUGGAGGGUCGGUUCUGAUCCGGUCCAUUCAGCAACAGUGAUGGCGGCUCGUGGGCGGAGUCGGAGAACCCUGAGUUUCAGUGUGGACUCAGUCGGAAUCAACAGAGGAGAAUCUCUGCCUCCAACAUUGCAGCAGCCCACACCUGUGUUCCCUGUGAUGGAGCAGAAGCCCCUCCCUCUGACAGGUGGGGAGGAGGCUGAGUACCUACUGGCUCUGAAACAGGACUUCAGAGGAGCCAUGAGGAGUUUACCGUGUUUCAUCCAGCCAGCUGCUGCACUCAGAGAUGUGGAGCGUUACUCCGAUAAAUACCACAGCAGUGAGCACACAGACGGACUGAUGGACUGGACUCCAGACUGGCAGAGAUUCCCCAGAGAGCUGAGAAUCCAUGCCAGGAAACCUGCCAGAGAUGGUGUGUCGGUCGCUCGCUCAGACGCUCAGUCGGCUCAGAAGAAGAAAAAGAAGAAGGUCAGAGAGAAGGAGGAAGUUCUGAUCAAACUGGAGACUCUGCAGAAGAAGGAAGAGCAGCAGAGCGAAGAGGACGACGACGACGACAACACAGAGCAGAAGAAGAAGCAGGAGGACGACGACGCCGACGGAGACGAGGAGUACGACGAGGAGGAGUUCGAGGAGGAGACCGACUACAUCAUGUCCUACUUCGAUAACGGAGAAGACUUCGGAGGAGACAGCGACGACAACAUGGAUGAGGCUAUUUACUGAAACACCAGCAUGUACACACUCCUGCCAUCCCUGAUCUGAUCAGGUUCUGAAGCGUCCAGCUGCUGCUCUACAACCUGUUAGAGAAACAGAGACAGUGUGUAAGAGGAGCUGAGCUGAUUAAGCUUUUAUCUGAGCACCUUUACACGUUUUUUAAUGUUUUUUAUAAACUUUUGUCCAUCCUGUCCGGUUCUGACUGGAUUCUGUUGAAUAAACAGAAUUGUGUAAACAUGA